CUGUUGUAUGUUCUGCCAAUCGCUUGAGGACAGAGUGGGAAAAGGAGCAAGCAGAGUUAGAAGCCGGACAAAAGAACUUAUAGACCCCUUAUAUACAUAUUUUCCUAAUGUUUUAGAGAGCGAGGUGUGGUGAAAAACAAUUGCGGUGAGUGCGGAUGGACUUGUCAGUGUAGUUAUGGAACCCCCUUUAAGCAAGAGGAAUCCAGCGAUAAGAUUAGCGGAUUUGGCAGCGACUCAACCCCUUCCUCAUCAGAAUAUGACAGGCUUCCCGGGGCUAGGGGGGCAUCACCCUCUCUCCCACCAUGCCCACCUCCACCCUGGGGAGCUGGGCAACGACCCCGGAGUGGCACUCACUCCAUUUGGACCAGAGCACAUGGCACAGACAAAUGCUCUCAAACUUAGCCCAUCUCAGCACAUUCAGAGCCAUCCCGAAGCCCAGACCGCGGCAUCUUUCACUUCUGCUCAGACCACAGUUGGUUUCCCCGUGGCUCACCCCCACUCAGGCUAUUCAAGCAGCAGGGACUUCAUCCUCAGGAGAGAACUCUCAGCCUCUGCUAUGCAUGCACUUGGCGACCAGCAUAGUUCCGCCUCCUCCCCUCAUCACCAUGGCAUGUUCAUCUCCCCAACAGGUGCUUAUGGGCACACGGAAAGUGGGGCCCAUUCACUUUUUACUGGACUCCACGACCAGGCGUCCCCAGGUGCCCACCACCAUGCCCUCAAUGGGCAGAUGCGUCUGGGUAUACCGGGGGACAUCUACGGCAGGCCAGAGCACUUCGGGCACAGGCCAGAGCACUAUGGACCCUCUUCUCUCCACAGCUACAACUCCAUGAACCUCAAUGUGAACAUCGCUUCUGCUCCUCACGGAGCGGCGGGGGCGUUCUUAAGAUACAUGCGGCAGCCCAUAAAGCAAGAGCUGAUCUGCAAAUGGAUUGACCAGGAGCAAAGUCCAAAAAAGCCCUGCUCUAAAACUUACAGCACAAUGCACGAGCUGGUCAACCACGUCACGGUGGAGCAUGUUGGGGGACCGGAGCAGAGCUCCCACGUAUGUUUUUGGGAGGAAUGUCCACGGGAAGGAAAGGCUUUCAAAGCGAAGUAUAAACUGAUAAACCACAUCCGAGUUCAUACGGGAGAAAAGCCCUUCCCCUGUCCUUUCCCGGGCUGUGGAAAAGUGUUCGCUCGAUCGGAGAAUUUAAAGAUUCACAAGAGGACUCACACAGGAGAGAAACCUUUUAAGUGCGAGUUUGACGGCUGUGACAGAAAAUUCGCCAACAGCAGCGACCGGAAGAAGCACUCCCACGUCCACACCAGUGACAAGCCUUACUACUGCAAAGUCCGCGGCUGUGACAAAUCCUAUACACAUCCCAGCUCGCUGCGGAAGCACAUGAAAGUGCACUGCAAGUCCCCGCCACCCCCUUCCACCAACGUCACCUACAUUUCCUCCACGAACCCACUCGGGGACCCUCUUUCGCCCAGUUCAGAGCCGCACCGAAACCGCUCAGCAAACCUGUCCCCCCAGGUCACCAACCUCAACGAGUGGUACGUGUGCCAGGGGAGCGGGGGUCCCAACCACCUCCACACCCCCUCCAGCGAUGUGCCAACGUCAGAUUCAGACGAUGAGGACUCUUUCAGACAUUCUGACCCCAGGACAAUGCUCUGAUGCCCUGUUUGUUUACAACCACGUGACUAUCAAACUUGCCAUCUAGUUGACUCGUAAAGUGUGUAGAUCCACGCUGGCCCCCACGCUCCAAGGAUAUCGAUCAGUUAUACUCACUGUAAUCUUAUUCCAAGUUUGUCAGUAAUUUAUAUGGAUCCACUUCAGGUUUAAUUACACAAACAGGCAUUUGUUUAUGUGCAUCCUGACCUUUACUAAAAAUGUAGAUUCAUAGAAAAAUCUAACGUUAUCGCUGAAUCUGAACCCAGGACCAAAAAUCAGAAUGUCAGAAUAUUUACCAAUAAAUCUAUUUAAUGAAUAAUCUUUUUUUUUUUUUUUUAACCAACAGCAGGGUUAAAUUAACUGCAUGACUUAAGACUCAACUGGUGUGUUGAAAUGACAUCUUUCAUGUGACCUCCCAUCAUCCCCUUGCAGUUUAAUAACUGGCCUGCUAUCAAUCACUGUCAUAUUCCAGACCUGGGGAAAACAAAUGGUACAUUUUGUUACCCCACAAGUGGCAACAAAUAGUUAAUGAACAGAACUGAAUAUGCUUUUGUAAUAUUUCAUUUUUAAUUCUUAAGAUGGUACAAACUUUGAUAAAAAGAAGGAAAGAAGAAGAAAAAAAAGAGAGUCAUCUGUAUCUUAAGGGUUCUCAUUUACCUUUUCAGAUUUAUACAAUACAUGUGUUUGGAUGGAAUUUUGUAAUAUUUAAGAACUAUUUAAGACUAUAUUUUAUGCAAAAUACACAAGUGUUAUGCUCGAUUAAAAAAAUACGAGCAAGUCCCUUGAGACCCUAAAUAUCCACACUGACAGGCUUUGACCCUGUAGGAUUUGUAUAUAUGUAACUGUACUGAUGCUUGUGAAUGUUGUGUAGUUUUAAUUACAAAAAAAUGUUGUUUUGUACAUUGUAAUUUAUUUGCUGGUAUUAAUGUUGUACUGGAAUUACAGAAACACCAAAGAAUAAUAAUAUCAGUUUUUGGUGAUGCGUAGUACCCUGCUGAUACUUUUUAUGUUUCACCCUUCCCAAAACAAAAAAAGAAAAAAAAAAGAAAAGAAAAAAGAAUUUUGUCAAUUUUUUUUUUUUUUUUUUUAAUUGUGUUCUGUAAAAGAAGAAACCAUUUACUUGAAUGGGCUGUGUAAUGUGAAAAGUUCCUUUCUCGCAUGCCUUUUGUAGUGAUCUGUUUUUCUUUUUAAGGUGCAUGGUGCUCUUGGACAUGAUGGAUAUAAAAAAAAAAAGAAGAAAAAAAAAAAGAAAAACGAAUCAGCUAUAAUUGUGCAGACCUUUGGUGUUCAGAAUUAAAUUUACAAUAUAAAAUAAUGCUAAAAUACAAUAAUAAAAAAAUACCAGGACAUAGAGUUAAUAAUUAACAAGUGUCAAAUUAUUAUGAUUUAUGGGUGAAUUUUCAUUAAUAUGAGAUUUCAACGCAGUUGAUUGUGGGUAUUUUUUUGACACAUUAAUAUUAAAUGUUAAUGUAUGUCAUUCUAAAUACAGGUGUAAAUUAUAGUUAGAAAAACAUCAGUGUCAUUCUGAUGUGAAAAGUAGUUCUGUUCACUUGUUUUCCGGACAUUUCUAUCAAAUCUCCACGGUUGUAUUCCAGAUCCAGGCCUAACGGGCCAAGGAGGCAGGUAUGAACUAAUCACUGAGCUAAUGGGAAAACUUAGAGCCCCCUGAUGGCGCUACCUCUGAAAGGCGCGUCAGUACAAAGCAGCCUGAGCAUGAAUCAUUCAUGGGAAAAAUAAAAGAUAAAAAGAUAACUGACAAUAAGCAAGGCCUUGUAUAGAGUGUAUAAAACAAGUUCCCCCUCUUAUUUCCUCCAUUAAAACGCACAAUCUCACUUUCAAAGAGUUGCCUGUCCAGUCUAUAGAAUUAAAAUUGACCAACGCGAGUCCUGCACCACUUCAAAGACUGCAGCUUCUGAGAGGAAGGCUGGCCGCUUUGACAGUCUUCAUGGUGAGUUAGGAUUUCUAUGGCAAUUGGAUAGUGAGACGCUCACAUUUAAAUAUGUCUGGUUGAAAAAAAAAA